AUGGAACUGCUGGCAAUUGUCGUUCGCUUAAGCCGAGCGAUUGGUUUGUGCAAUCUGCGCUAUGUGGCCGAACGGAAGCGUUUCGAAUUCGAUCAUGGACUGAUGCUGGCUUAUUGGCUGCUGUUGAAUCUACUUUAUCUGGUGCUGACGCCCAUGUGCUUUCUCGGCAUGGUGUAUAGUUAUUUCAGCUGCCAGGGCAUGGACAUGUUGUCCAUGGCCUUCAGUUGCGUGGCUCUGGUUAAGUCGUGUUCGCUGUUCGUGAUAUUGGGCAGCAUUUGGUUUCGACGGCAUCGCAUCAAACAUGUCUGCAACGGUUAUCUACGGCUGCUCGACCGAUUUGCCCAAUAUAACUGGAACUACAGCUUUUGGCGCCGACACUUCUGGAAGCUGCUGCUCAGUAACACGCGCUUCGUGGUGCUGUUCAGUCAGUUGUUUGGCCCCGGCAGCGCGCUGAUGUGCGGCGUGGAUGUUGAAGUCGUUACGGAAGUGCCGCCCAUCUACAUCGGGCUCUCAGUGGUUGUAGUUCUGUUAGAAGUGCUGGUCAGCUGCACAGACAGCUUGACUUACUUUGUGCUGGGCACCAGCAAUCGCCUGCUUGAGUGCAUGUCACAGGAGGCAUUGGAGCUGAGACAAGAUCUGCGCUGGCUGCCCCCGUCUCGUGGCCGCCAUCGCGCUGUCUAUCAACGUCAGCUGCUGGCUGCCUGGCGUCGGCUCUGGUACAGCUGUUUGCACCUGAGCAACCUGCUCGUUGAGCUGCUGAAAAUCUUUCAGGCCCAAAUGCUGCUCAAUGUCUUCACCAACUAUCUAACUGAGAUCUCAAUUUUCUUCAAUUUGGUUGUUCUAAUUGCCGAUGCAGAGUUCAUCAGUCUAUGGCGCUGUUAUUUCAACUUCAUCAUCUGUAUGAUGUUUCACUUAGACAUCCUGAUGCAUUUCUCAAUAUUUGGUGCAAAUAUAACACGGUGGAAGCAUCUGUCAGCCCGAGUGCAGCAGCUGUGGCUAGCCCUGAAAACUGUUCAUAUGGACUCGAGAGAGGAUACCCACUGUGUGGCUCUGCUGCAUCAGCUAGAAUUUGCUGUGCUUCAUCUGAAUCGCAAACUGCAGCCGCGGACCAAACGAGUGCGAAAUCUGCAAAUUGUGGGCCUGUUCGACAUGAACAGAGCUUCGUGGAACUCGAUGAACGCUUCUAUAUGGAUAAAUGUGCUCAUUCUGUGGCAGUUGGCAUACAAGAAAUAUUAUUAA